AUGGCACGCAGUUCAUUCUCGUCAAUCGAAGCUGAAGCCUCCAUUGAAGGUGGAGCAUUCGGCUUCAGUGCUGCCAUAAGCGCUGGCUUCUCGCAAAGUGAGAGCGGUGCUCUGAGCAGUACAAACACCGUUGACACUAGUACCAUGAACAUCACUUACAACUUCCCUCGAGUCGUUCUGUAUUUGGAUCAGUUUGGUGUCGCCCUGUCACAAGAAUGCGCGGACGACCUAGUGCAUGUGAAGGAUGCGUCGUCCUUGAUCGCUUUCCAUCACAAAUACGGCCAUUUCUUUGCCACCCGCAUUGAACUGGGAGGCAGGCUCUUUUCAUCUGAAAAGUUUUCCGCCCUUGGCACGGCAAAGGAAGAUGAGGCCGCUUCGGCGAUGAAGAUUGCUGCCGCUGCAUCCUUUUCGUCUAGUUUUGUGUCUGGAAGCGCCAGCUAUGGCCAGGAGGAUCAGACAAAUUCCAAAAAUUCCAAAUCAAACCGAUCCAUGCAGAGCGCUAUUUCAUGGCAGGCCCAGGGCGGAGACACCUUGCUUUGCAACAACCCUCCUGCGUGGUGCCCCACUGUUGCUCCGCCUCAGAAUUGGAGAGUAAUCAAGCAAGAGGAUGUCACUCCGCUCGGCGAGUUCAUUGGCCAGAUCCCCGGCUAUGAAGAUGUUCCAGCGAAGUUCAAGACCAUUGCGGAGGUUACAAGGAAGAAGGAGACGGUUAGCUUCUGCAUCAAAUUGACCGACUAUCAAAGAAAAGACAAGAAGGUUCCUGAGUAUAUGUCACUGCGCCAUGCCAACAACAUCAAACGAGAGGUGGAAGAGGCAAUGGGGAAGAACAAGGACGGUAAAUGGACAGAUCGAGCUCCAGAUCGCAUCAUGUCGCUCUACAACAACGGAUGGAAGGGAAUUUCUUUCGAAGAAAGCAGCGAGGACGCUGUCUUUGAUGUUGAAGUUGAGACGUUGUUGGAGCAAACCCCCGCACUCGAAUUUGGGAAACGGUACCAAAUCUACAACCGGAAGCAAAAGCUUUGGCUUCAAUCUUUCACAAUUCGUAUUAAAGACGAGGAAGUUACCUUACUUGGCGCCGGUCCUAAGUCCCAAGCGACACUCUUCGAGUUCAGGGAUCAGCAUCGAGAGGGGCCGAUCCGAAAUGGGGAAAGCGCUAGUUUGAUGGUUUACGGGCCUGAUGGAAAGCAGAAGGGUUUGAUCGCCAAGGCAAUAAACACCCAUUCCACUUCCAUCGGUGCAAUGCCCUACAGUGUCAAGAACGAGACCUGGAUACGUUUCUCGACUUUGUCGGUUGUGGACCAGAAGGAUGUGCCCGUAUAA